UCUACUAUAUAUAUAUAUAUAUAUCUCCCUCCAUGAUCGAUGAACCCAGCUUAGCUACCUCAUAUCGACCACCAUGAUGGCCGCCACCACGAGCAGUAGCAGCAGCGGCAGCUCGAGCGACCCGUUCGCCGCGCCGGGGUUCCGGUUCUACCCGACGGAGGAGGAGCUGCUCGCCUUCUACCUCCGCCACCGCCUCGCCGGCACCAGGCCCGACGUGGAGCGCGUCAUCCCCGUCGUCGACGUCUACGCCUACCACCCGUCCCAGCUCGCCGCCAUGGCCGGGGAGGCCAGCGUGCGGGACACGGAGCAGUGGUUCUUCUUCUGCCCGCGCGCCGAGCGGGAGCUCCACGGCGGCAGGCCGGCACGCACCACGCCGUCCGGGUACUGGAAGGCCACGGGCUCGCCGUCCUGCGUCAUCUCCUCCGCCACCAACAGGGUCAUCGGGGUCAAGCGCACCAUGGUCUUCUACCACGGCCGCGCCCCCACCGGCACCAAGACCCGCUGGAAGAUGAACGAGUACAAGGCCGUCGCCGACGACCACCACGCCGCCGUGCUCCACCCAAUGGCUCCUCCCGGGCUGAGGAACGAGCUGGGAGUGUGCCGGGUGUACAUCAGCACGGGCACGCUGAGAUCGUUCGACCGCCGGCCACUCGACAACCAAGCGGCCGGGGCCUUCCACCCACAGGCGCCGUCGUCCUCGGCGACGGCGACGGCGAACACGAGCUUCGCCGGUGCACGAGGCGACAACUCCCGCGAGAGCUCUUCGUCGGGGUCGCGGGAGCUCGUCGGCGACGGGCCCGAAGACGACGCCAUCGACUGGAGCUCGCUCAUCAGUAGCGCCGCAGUUGAUGGUGGUGAUGAUUUUGGCCUCAUCGCCGACGGCUUUAAUCCUAGCAUCCUCGGAUCAUGGCCACAACUCUAGUGCUUCAUUGCGCCGCCGCGUAAUAUCAAACAAUCGAGUUCGCGAAUUUUCUUUCCAAACAUUCAAAAAUUGUUUUGCAACUAGUAAGAUUGGAGAGGGUUAGAAAAUGACUUGACUAGUUUAAUUUGCGAGCCAAA